AUGGCCGAUCUCGACGACGACGUUGAGUUCACCGGCUCGACCGGCACGAACCCUCUCCGCGACAUGCCGCACAUGCGGCACGACUGCCUCGUCCACCCGUGGCCGCGGCCGGCGACAGCGCAGUCGUGUGCUGAGUGCUGUGCCAAGUGCUUCUGCUACGUCUGCGACGCGCCUGCGAGCGAGUGCAAGCUUUGGGACGAACACUGCCUCGCCGACGGCUCGGCAGAGUGGGUUCGCAAGCGCGCGCAGGCGAAGCGAAAGCGCGAGGCUGCGCAGCGUGCCCAAGCCGCCGGCCGGCAGGUGGACUCGGCGGAGGCAGUGCGGCAGCGCUUCGCGGCCGCGGCGGACACUGACGACGGCGGGGCGCCACAGCCGGCGCCAGACGGCGCCGACGCCGGCAGACCGACCAGGGACGAGGCCGAGGUCGAGGAUGAAGAGUCGGAGGAGACGUUUGCGACCUAUGCUCCAUGCCACUUUGCCCGCUGCCGCGCCGGCUUCUUCCUCGGCGACGGCGUCGGCCUCGGCAAGGGGCGGCAGCUCGCCGGCGUGAUCGCAGAGAACUGGCUGUGCGGUCGCAAGCGCCACCUGUGGGUCUCCGUCUCGGCCGACCUGAUGGAGGACGCCAAGCGCGACCUCAAGGACAUCGGCUUCUCGCACAUCAAGGUCUUCAACAUCACAAAGCUGCCGCGGGGCAGGCUGGCCGCGAUGCGGCGGGGAGGGAACGGCGUGCCGCACGACUGGUCCGCCGACUGCGUCGUCUUCUCCACCUACAGCGCGCUGAUCGCAAAGGACCGCUCCAAGCAGACGCGCGCCGAGCAGCUCGUCGCGUGGCUCGGCAGCGCUCAGGCGGAGGGGUGCAUCCUCUUCGACGAGAGCCACAAGGCCAAGAACCUCGCGCCGGAGAAGGGUAAGAAGUGCUCUCAGACGGCGGCCGAUUGCCCGAGCGCGCGCGUCGUGUACUGCUCCGCCACGGGCGCUUCGUCGCUGCAAAACAUGGGCUAUAUGCAGCGGCUCGGCCUAUGGGGGGCGGCCACCCCGUUCGCCGACUUUCGCGCCUUCACGAAAGCGCUCGGCCAGCACGGCAAGAAGGGCGAGGCCCCCGUCGGCGAGCUCACCGCGGCGUGUGGAGAUGCGAGGGUUGCGCGGGGCGAGAGGGCGGUGUCGAGGACUGUAGGUGCGAUGGAGCUGGUCGCGCUCGACCUCAAGCGGCGGGGCAUGUACCUCUCGCGGCAGCUCUCCUUCUCGGCCGCCUCCUUCGACAAGGCGAUGGCCGCCCGGUUCUGGGCCGACAUGCUCGCGUGCUUCAACUACGCGCUGCACGACGUGCUGCGCGUCAAGAACGACUUCCCGGACCGACCCAAGGAUGCCAAGCACCCUUCGUGGGCGGUGAUCAGCAGCUUCUGGGGCUGCCACCAGCGCUUCUUCCGCUCGCUCUGCAUGGCGAUGAAGGUGCCCGAGCUGGUCAAGAAGGCCAAGGAGGCGCUCGCCGCAAACAAGUGCGUCGUGGUCGGGCUCCAGUCGACGGGCGAGGCGCGGCUCACCGACGCGGUCAAGUCGGGCGAGGACCUGGAGGAGUUCGCCGGGAUGAAGGAGUGCGUCCGCUUCCUGCUCAAGCGUUUCCCGACGGGCGGCCACGUGCAUGAGCCUGCACCGACAGCGGGGGAGUGGUGUCCCUUCACGGCAGCGCUUCGCCGUGACUAG